GGAAAUCGAGUGCCUCGGAGGAAACAGAGUGUCGGUUGUAACGCGAGGACGAGAACGCUGUCGUCGUCGAAAUAUCUGAAACACCUGAAAGCGAAGUUUAAAGUACGAGUAUCAAAACACGCGUGCGUGAAAGUGUUUAGUUAUUAAAUGAUAUUGUAGGACAAGCAAUGUGUGAAAUGAGUGCCUCGAAGACAUUUACCGUCGUCGUUGCUGUUCUAUUGAUGACAAGGACCAGCCUAGUUAUGAGUGAAGACUCAGACAUAAAUCCGUAUAAACAAUGCGAAGAGGCCAUUAAAGAGAUAGAGAAGGAAAACCAUGCGACGAUCGUGGACGAUAGUCCUUCCAGAUUGCAGUACACGUGGCUGUCUCAACAAUGCGAAACGCGAGCUGGCCCACAGUACAUACUUAGGAAAUAUACUUUUUUCAAAAACAACACGUUCCUCCUACUGCGUUAUCAUUACGCCGAUGAAUCGUGCAGCAUAGCGACACAUACUGUCAUAAUUCGAGGUUCCAUCAAGUUAUUGAAACCUUCCAGCGUCGUUUCGGGCGCUACCGAGACGAGAUUUCAUGUGGACGCCGUUAAUAUUCUACCUUUAACUCCAGAGAUCACUCAAAAGUUUGGACAAAAACUCAAUCUGACUUGCGGUCCCCAGCCAAAAUGGCGACUCUACACCUCGGCUCUGAUUUACGAGCAGCCGCGACAACAUUCGGUGAGAUCGCUGUGGCAAAGUCCCAAAUACAAUUCUUUGCAAGCUACAAACAAGCAGCUCGGUAUCAAUUGUUUGGAGCCCUUCAGGAUCGAAUUCACCGAAUUGAAACUGUUAAGAGUGCACAACAAAGUCUUAUUAGGACAUGAUACAUUUAACGGCACUCAGUCCUAUGAUCCAAACUUUGAACUUUUAUUGGCGAAUUCUGCUUCCAAUGCGCAUUCUCGACGGAAUUACAAACCAACAUCAUUGCAAUCCACUGCAUUGUAUCGCCAAGAUUCAACCACGAAUUGUCCUAUAUGUAGCAGCGUUUUUCAUAGUACCGAGUCAAGUCCGCCUCUUCUUCAUCAAACCGCGCCUCUACCUGCAAUGAUCGGAGGUAUCUGGCACAGCGAAAGAUGCGAGAGCUCUGCGGGCGGCAUCUGGUCCACGCGGAAAUUCCAGAUAUACUCCGGGGAUGAACUGUGGGUCGGUCUAUGGAACUAUUACAACGACCCAAAUUGCUUGGAAUUUUUGUAUGGAGUACUCAAGUUAGGAAGUUACGUUCUGCGGGCUGAAAGGCAAGAUGAAGAACUCGAUCGAGACAUUUUUCCUGAUUACUUUCUUAAUACCACUGAAAAAUUCGUUUUUAAAAGAAGUCUCACCGACACUAGGACCAUCCCUAACGCGAAGCUUUAUCAAAAUAGCUUAUAUAAUAAGAAUGGACCGUCGACAGAUGAGAAACAAUCUAAAGAUAAAAGAGCGCAAAGACGGAAGAGAGCAAUGAGCGAUAGCGUUCAUCAGUUCUUGUACGCGCCGUCCUCUAUAAUUCAAUCGAGAUUUGCGGCGAUGAUGCGAGGUCAUCAGACAUACGAGAGCACCACCGAAAGGCCUUUCCCCCCCUCGAAGGUUCUCAUCGGUACCACGGAGCUCGAUCUGCAUGUCGUCAAGAACGUCCUGAUCCCUAGACACCCCACGAUAUCCUCUCGUUGUGAUAAGGAUCGGUUUGAUUCGCCGCUGACUACCUCAAAAAAUUGCGGUCCUCGCACCAUCGAAACGUCCCCGAUCUUGGAGUUACGAGUCAAAUUGGGCGUCAACUGGUACGGCCAGUAUAUUUUGCUGUUGGGCUCGCGAGAUGACAAUACGUGGAGUGCACCUCUACGACGAUGCUCGCAGCUUUCACCCUACAACUCUUCUCUGCGAACGUAUCUUCAAAGAAUCUUGUACAUCGGUUUAUUUUCUUCGGCAUCAACCAGCCGAAUCUCCACCUGGUUCCUCUUGUCGCAGAUUUUGCUGUGUAUAUAUUACCUUGUACGAUGACAUCUAUGUGUAUUCUGCCGUUAUCUUCACCGGAGGAACUUUUAAGUUCAAGCGCAUGGUUGCGAGAGCAGCGUUUGAUUAAGUAUGAACGGCGUUUAAACAUUCCAAAUCUCUCUUUGCUCUUGGAAGAUUCCAUAAGAUCGUAAAUUUGUAAAUAUGUAAAUAGAGAAUCGAAGAAUCGCGGCGUUAAAAUCGAUAUUUAAUACUUGCGAUAUUUAAUAGUUUCGGUGCGAUAUAUUUUGUAUGAAAAUAUGAAUAGAUUGAGAUAUGAAGAAGCGUAGCCAAAUAUUAUAUUUGAUGAAGGCAAACGAUCAAUCGUAUAUCGUAAGUUUAAAAUUAUACUUAUCUUGUUGUUAUUACAAUUGAUGUACAUAUC